AUGAGUGGUGUAGCCACUGGUCCGUCUACCCCUCAGCGCCCAUCGUCUCUCGCCAAUGACGACGCCGUUGAUAUAGUCUCGAACACCCCUACCCGCCUCGGCCUACUGCAGACCCCCCCAAGAAGAUUUUCGCGGCAUCUCAAACGCUCCAUUAACGCCAUAGAGCCUGGAGACGACGCUGUAGCUGAUUCAGAACAGGGGUCGGCAGGCUCUGUUCGACUGUUGGCGACACCUCCACGGCGACCACCUCGCCGGGCAAGGUUCUCUACCGGACCCGCUGAGCCAACCGGCUUCGAUGUAGGGAAGCCUACUACCACUAAAGACCGCGAAUCAUCACCUCUUUUUUGUGAGACGAAGCCAAAGGAGAAUUUGGGAGUUGAAGAGCAACCAAUAGCUGAAGAGCAACAGAGAGUCGAAGUGCGGCGGGGAAGAGAAGAUGAGCAGGAGCUGGGCGAGCUUAGGCAGCUUAGAGUUUGGGAGAAGUUGCACCUAAGCGAGGAUCGACAACCGCGUGAGGGUGAUGAAAACGGGCACUGUGAUAAUCUUCAGGAACACAACUUCAAUGAACCCGAAAGUGCGAGCGCAAGCUUCUACGGCAGUGAGCGUGACGGCAAGCUUGGGAUGGAAACCAACUUAUUAGACGAAUCGGUGUCUUGA